AUGUAUCAAAUGAGUGAUAGAAUCCAAGUUUUUUCAGCUGAUGGCGCUGAUGAAGGUGAGGGUGUAGAUGACCAAGCUAUUAAGGUGGUCGAUAUUGUUGACACCUUCCGUCUUCAGGAGCAACCUGCUUUCGAUAAGAAGCAGUUUGUCACCUUUAUGAAACGCUAUAUCAAGAACCUAACACCCAAAUUGGACGCGGAGAAGCAAAACUUAUUCAAGAAACAUAUCGAGUCUGCCACUAAAUUUUUGCUUUCAAAGCUCAGCGACUUGCAAUUCUUCGUGGGUGAAAGCAUGCAUGAUGAUGGAGGUUUGGUCUUCGCUUACUACAAGGAAGGUGCCACUGAUCCAACAUUCUUAUACUUUGCUUAUGGACUAAAGGAGAUCAAAUGCUGAAUGAUUAUCUUUCACCUCUCCUGUGUUGUUGUACGUCCCGUCUUUAUAUUUAUUUGAUGUUGCUUUUGGAAAUUUUGUUUUGACUUUUGACGUUGAUUGUUUGGAUAUGCCGCACUCAUUUUUGUGUUUUGAACUCGUAAUUGUGUGCUUAUGCGGUUUCUGUGUUGUGUGCUGUUCUUAAUUCAAAAUAUUAGCUAUAAUUAAUAACAAAUAAAGUUAAAGCAGCAUUUGCAAA